UUAGAGCGAUGCUUGCUGCAGCUAUCUUACGCGAUGAUCUUAAUAAACUGACCACGCAUGAGAAAUGGGAAGAAGUGGUGGAGAAAUACAAGAUAAAACCCAUGGGCUCACACUCUUAUUCUCACCAGAUCCAUGGUCACACCUUUCCGUGCAGCCAUCUCCAGUUACAAUCCAAACAGCCCCAACCCCACCCAUCGAAGAUCCACCAUGGAAAUGCUCUCCUUCAUGAGGGAAUGCGGAUCAGCAUCCGAGCUGCUGAGGAUGCCUGAUCUGAGAGGAGACACCCCUCUCCACCUUGCAGCCGCAGUUGGAUGGGAGGCCAUCUGCAGACAAAUAGCUUCAGAGGAUCCAAGGCUCAUCGAGAUCCGCAACAGCAAUGGUGAGACUCCUUUGUUCAUUUCAGCUCAUCACGGCAGCCUUAAAACGUUUGUCGCUCUCCAUGACAUCUACAACCAUGGCAAGGAUAAGGGUGAUGAGUCGCUCUGUCGGAGGAAAGAUGGAAAUACCGUCCUGCAUUCUGCCAUUUCUGGAGAAUUCUUCGAAUUAGCAUACUUUAUAUUGGAGCACUACAAGAAUCUACUCAAUUAUGUUAAUGUUGAUGGAGAAACUCCUCUUCAUAUCUUGGCCAGAAAGCCUAACUUGUUCAAAAGCAGUUCACAGCUUAGAUUCUAUGAAUCAAUUAUAUACUGCUCUGGCUGUUUAAGAUCCAGGAAAGAAAAAAGUGCUUUAACUGAUCCAGAAGAUCCAGAUCCACCGUAUAUGGAUCAUGGAGUUCGAGGAUAUGAAAGUUUUUUAGGAUUGUCAACGAUAAGAAGGGUUCAUAAGAUGAGAGUUGGACACUCACAUGUGAUGCGGAUGAUGGAGAAAAUGAUUGAGUUCGAACCGAGUUACAAAUACGAUAGCAACGGCCAGCGCCCCAUCUCUUUCCCAGAAGCAUCCGGUGAUAUUCCAAAUCGCCCUCCCAAUGUUGAAGAGCCCCAAACCACAGAAAAUUACUCCUACAACAUAGAUCAGCAGCAGACCAUUAAUGGUGAUGAUGAAGUGAAGGGCACCCCACUAUUAGAAGCAGCUAAGAUGGGAAUCCUAGAAAUGGUGAAACAGAUACUCAAAGAAGUGCCGGUGGCCAUCAAUGAUCGAGACUCGGACGGCAAGAAUGUGCUGAUGGUAGCAGCGGAGAACAGGCAAAUCGCCGUUUUUGAUUUUCUGAUUCAUGAGAUAAAGCUCCCCGGAUUUUUCUUCCAUGCCUUAGAUUAUCAAGGAAACAGCGUCCUUCACAGCGCGGCAAUCCUGAGACCUAAUCAGACGUGGAGCAUUCCCGGUGCUGCUUUGCAGAUGCAAUGGGAGAUCACAUGGUUUAAGCAUGUGACGAAAUCAGUUCCACAGCAAACUUGCAAUAACCAAAAUGCAGAGGGGAAGACUCCGAGCCAGAUCUUCACAAAAACACAUUCAAGUCUAGUCAAGUCAGGAAAAGAAUGGCUGACAAAAACCUCAGAGUUUUGCGCGGCAGUUGCGGCUCUCAUUGCCACCGUUGCAUUUGCCACGUCAGGGACGGUCCCAGGCGGCUUCCACCAAACCGACGGCUACCCGAUUCUCAAGGAUCAGCAAGCAUUCAAGAUUUACUCCAUUGCUUCGCUGGCUGCGCUGAGCCUGUCCAUCGCCACCCUCGCCUCCUUCUUCUCCAUCAUGAUUUCGAGAUUUGAAGAGCGCGAUUUCGAGCGAGACCUGCCGAGAAAGCUGCAGAUGGGGCUGACUUUUCUGAUUCUUUCCAAAGUUGCGAUGCUGGUCUCCUUCUACGCGGGGCAUAGUUUUAUGCUGGUAGACAAGUUGAGGAUCUCUGCAACGACGAUAUAUGUAAUUGCUUCGUUACCCAUUUUGUUAUUCGUGAUGGCCAACAACAUUGAUCUUGUUUUGGUUUACUUCAGGAUUUUGCUGGGCCGCAGCUACAAGGAUAUGAAAAACAUGCUAUGAUGGCUUACUUUCUGCUGCAGCCGCUUCAGCAAAUAGUGCUUAUGGUACUAAAUUUUCCUAUGUUUGUG